AUGCUUAAAUUACACGACCUUUCGAAACUGUAUCGUACGGACGAAGUAGAAACGGUGGCGCUGAAUUCGGUGAACGUUGAAAUUACCGCAGGUGAGUUUGUCGCCGUAAUGGGGCCGUCAGGUUGUGGUAAGUCUACGCUGCUAAACAUUAUCGGUAUGCUGGACUCGCCUACCUCCGGUAAUUACUGGUUUCGCGACGAAGACGUUGCAGGCUACUCCGAAGCCAAACUUGCCGACAUACGCAAACAUAACAUCGGCUUCAUAUUUCAAUCAUUCAACCUCAUUGAUGAAUUGUCGGUUGCAGAAAAUAUUGAACUCGCGCUGCUGUAUCACAAUAUUCCGGGCAGCGAACGCCGCGACCGGGUCGCUCAGAUUAUGGAUAAAGUGGGUAUUGCGCAUCGCGCCAGGCACAUGCCCAGCCAGCUUUCUGGCGGCCAGCAGCAGCGUGUCGCAGUUGCACGGGCCAUUGUCGGCAAUCAAAGUUUGAUUCUCGCUGAUGAGCCCACUGGCAACCUGGACAGUGUGCAUGGCCAGGAAGUCAUGGAAAUGUUGCAGGGGCUCAACGAAGAAGGCACCACAAUUGUCAUGGUGACUCAUAGUUCAAGCCAUGCAGAUUACGCGCGGCGUAGCAUUAACCUAUUCGACGGCCAUGUGGUCACAGAAAACCUGCGUGCGGCGAAAAACAAGUUAUACGCAUCGAUAAAUGUGAUCGGACUUGUGGUUGGACUUGUUGUCUAUCUGUUCGGAUCGCUGCUGGUCAGCUACGAGCGAAGCCAUGAUCUGUUUUUUGCCAAUGCGGAUCGAAUCUACACUGCUGGCUCUCUGUUCGGGCCGACGGCCAAUGUCGGCGUGGGUGAAACUGAUGGUAUUUAUACGGCCUUUGCGCCGCUGAUAGAUGCCGAAAUCGAAGAGGUAGAGGAAAUUGCCCGCACCGUGGGUGUCGAGUUUCUACUGUCCAACGAAGACAACCAUUUUUAUCAAUACAUUCGUUUUGUCGACCCUGCUUUUCUGAAGAUUUUCGAUUUUGAUUACAUUGAAGGCAAUGCCAGUGCGCUUGAAGAUCCUUCUGGUGUCAUGUUAACCAGAACUAUUGCUGAGAAAUAUUUUGGCAAUGAGUCGGCGUACGGCAAAGUGCUUACCCUGGAUCACGGCGUCAGCCUGCGCGUGACUGCGGUUAUCGAAGAGCUUCCCGUCAACUCCCAUUUCGGCUCUUCCGUGAUGAGUAAUGGCAGCAUCGAAGUUGUGGCCCCGUUGCAGGCCCUGAACAGGGCUAACGACUAUGAUCUGGCAGGAAAUUUCAAUAAUCUCUCGACCGGUGAUUUCACCUAUAUGCUGCUGGCGCCUGGCAAAGAUCGCAGCUGGCUGCAGCAAAGUUUGGAUGGUGUCUAUGAUCGGCACUAUCCGGAAGAUAUGCGAGAGUUUGUGGUUGGGGUCAAUGUAAGGCCAUUGGUAGAAGCAAACACAAUUUUAUGGGACGCCGUCGGCUUACCAGUGCUGGACUCCAUUCGCCUGCUCGGCUUCCUGGUCCUGGUUGUUGCUAUUGUCAAUUACACCAAUCUGGCCACCGCGCAAUCUCUGGGUCGCAGCCGGGAAAUUGGCCUGCGUAAAACGAUGGGUGCUGCCGUUAGCCAACUGGUCACGCAAUUUUUAGUGGAAAGCUUGUGCGUUGCCACUAUUGCUAUGGUGAUUGCCAUUGCUGCACUUGAGAUUAUCGUGCCGGUGAUGAACACCACACUGGAUAAGGGGCUGCAGCUCGAAUACUGGCAAAUGGUGCCAUGGCUGAUCGCAACAACACUUGGGGUCGGCUUGAUUGCUGGCGCCUAUCCUGCCUAUCUCAUCACUCGCGCAGCGCCAAUCGAGGCAUUACGGGACGGCAGCAAACGUGGCGCCAAAGGCAGCCGUUUUCGCACCAGCAUGCUGGUCCUGCAGUUUUCAAUUUCCAUUUUCAUGAUGGCAAUGGUUCUGGUGAUGUACCUGCAGAACAACAAGCUGGAAUCUUCGAGUAACAUCUAUCCUAAGUCCCAAAUUAUUACAUUGAACCGGCUGGAUGUUGAUUCUAUCCAGUCCCGCUUGGAAACACUGCGCAACGAAUUGCUGAAUAUCCCCGGCGUCGAGAACGUCGCCUAUUCCAGUCAGCUGCCAUAUCAACAAAGCAAUUCGUCUUUCAAUGUGAGUGCUGUGGCCGGAGACGAAGACCAAUCCAUGCAGCUCACCCAGGUAAUUGUGGAUGAACGCUUUAUGGACACUUACAACAUCCCGCUGUUGGCUGGCCGGGCACUGUCCAAGACCUAUAGUGCGGAUACCAUCGUGGAGGGUAGUGUGGUAGCCAACGUGAUCAUCAAUGAGUUGGCGGCUAGACAAUUGGGUUUUGGUGCGCCCCAGGAAGCAGUGGGUCAGGUGUUUUAUGAUUUUUCAGAUUCUCGAGCUGAGCGCGCUUACACGGUUGUAGGUGUCUCGCCAGAUCAGAACUUCCAGGGGUUCCAUAACCAGAUCAAACCUACGGUCUUCUUCAUCAUCCCCACUGUUUUUCGUUAUGGCUCCAUUCGAGUAGAUGGCGUAGGUCUGGCGGAUACUUUGCGGUCGGUUGAAGCGGUUUGGGAAAAUCUGAUACAAGACUAUCCGAUACAAGGCGAAUAUCUUGAAGACGAAUUCCAGGAAUCGUUCGAGAUCUACACGAGUUUGUCUUCAGUGUUAGGCGGCUUCGCGUUUAUUGCCAUGUCACUCAGCAUGAUCGGCUUGUUUGGCCUUGCUGCAUUUAUGGCGGAGACACGAACUAAAGAAAUUGGGGUACGUAAAGUUAUGGGUGCGAGCACAGGACAAAUUGCACGCCUGCUGGUGUGGCAAUUUUCCAAACCCGUUAUGUGGGCGCUCUUGUUAGCACUACCCGCAGCCUACUUCGCAUCGGGCGAGUUCUUACGCUUCUUUGCCGACCGCAUAGCAUUUCCUGAGGUAAUAGUUCUAGGUCGGGUGUACACGAGCAAUGCACAAGCUCCCUGGGCUGAGGCGCUGGCCGUGCGCAACGGGAAAAUAGUUGCAGUCGGGACUACAGCAGAUGUUACCCAAAAAUAUUCCGGGCCGAAGAUUAAUCUUGGUGGGCGUAUGCUCAUGCCCAGCUUUCACGAUGCGCACGUCCACCCGGUACUUGGCGGAGUUCAGAUGAUGCAGUGCAAUCUGUCGACUUUUGCGACAGUCAGUGCUUUGCUGCAGGCGGUGGCUGCAUGCGACGCAAAUCUGGCUGACGAUGAGUGGCUGGUUGGCGGUGGAUGGAAUUUGUCGUUGUUCGCCGAGGCCAACCCUUCCCGCAAACUGCUGGAUGCGGUUAAUCCAAACCGGCCAAUGCUGCUGCGGGGCGCGGAUGGACACUCAUCCUGGACCAACACCAAGGCAUUGACCCUUGCAGGUAUCGAAGCUGAGACGCCGGACCCUGCCCACGGCAUCAUUGAACGCGAAGCAGAUGGCACGCCUUCAGGUACGUUGCGGGAGUCAGCUCAGUCGCUGCUUGAGAAUGUUCUUCCUGUCGUGGCAGCUGAAGAUCGCUCGAAAGGGUUGUUGUUAGCAAUCAAGCAUGCUAACUCUCUGGGGAUCACAUCGAUGAUUGACGCUGCAGUGACCCAGACGGAAAUUGCCGCUUAUGAAUCUCUAGACGAGCAGGGAAAACUCACCGCACGCCUGGUUCUAUCUGCCGCGGUUGUUGGGCCUGCACCCAUGCACAACCAGGAUGAUCUUAUUGUUGCUGAAGAUCGGAUUACCGAAAAACGCAUCCGUCGCCACGCGGCAAAAAUAUUUGUUGAUGGUGUUCUCGAAGGCGAAACGGCAGCGCUGAUCGAGCCGUAUAUCGAUAGAAACGGUGCCAGAGGCAGUCUGCUAUUACAGCCAGAUGAACUGAACAUCAAAGUUGCGGAACUCGAUGCGAACAAUGUGCAGAUUCUGUUUCACGCGAUUGGGGAUCAAGCAGUCAGAGUGGCGCUGGAUGCUAUUGAAUAUGCCCGCACUGAGAACGGUGCGCGCGACAACCGCCAUCACAUUUCUCACUUGCAGCUCAUCCACCCUGACGAUCACGCACGCUUCGCUGAGCUGGAUGUGGCCGCCAAUUUCCAGGCUUUGUGGGCUUAUCCCGAAGCCUAUAUUACCGAGAUUAAUCUUCCGGUAGUGGGUCCCGAACGGGUUCAACGAAUGUAUCCCAUUGGCUCCGUUCAUCGCGCGGGUGGUCUGAUUGUUGGUGGCAGCGACUGGUCCGUCUCUUCGAUGAGUCCACUGAAGGCGAUUGAAACAGCCCUCACGCGAGAAGAUGAAACAGGCAGCAUUCAAGGCAGCCUCAAUGAAAACGAGAAAGUAGAUCUGGAAGUGAUGCUUGCCGCUUACACAUCAAACACUGCCUAUCUCAUGAACCAGGAGGCUCGCGUGGGUCAACUUUUACCUGGCAUGGAUGCGGACCUUGUGGUGCUCGAUAAAGAUCUGUUUUCCAUCGAGCCACACGAUAUUGGCGACGUUGCGGUGUUGAUGACUUUGCUGGCCGGGGAGGUGGUCUUUGAUUCAGACCUUAUCGUCCACGGUGAAUAUGUGCUGACCAUGGAAGAGGGCGUCGCGCCGCUCAGGAACGCCGCCGUUGUGAUCCGCGGCGAACGUGUUGUCGACGUGUUGCCGAGUGCCGAGGCGCUGACACGCUACGACGCGGUCCGUGUCAUCCCGGGGCAAAACCGUGUGGUCAUGCCCGGGCUCAUCAACGGCCAUACGCACUCGGCCAUGACGCUGUUUCGCGGCAUGGUUGACGACCUGGAUCUGAUGACGUGGCUGAACGAUUACGUCUUCCCGAUGGAGCGCCGAUUUGUCACACCCGAAUUUGUCCGAAUCGGUAGUGAACUGGCGUGUUGGGAAAUGAUUCGUGGCGGCACAACCACGUUUGUGGACAUGUAUUUCUAUCCGGAAGUAAUUGCCAGCGUGGUCGACCGCUGCGGGUUGCGCGCGGUCGUAGGUGCACCCCAUAUCGACUUUCCCAGCCCUGGCUUCGAAGGUUGGGAAGACUCCUUUGCCGCAGCCCGUCAGUUUGUCGAUGAAUGGCAGGGCCGACAUAGCCGCAUACGGCCCGCGUUUGCACCCCAUGCGCCUUAUACUGUGUCGGCUGAGCAUCUCGCUGCGACCGUUGAUGCCGCUGCCGACAACGAUGCGCUGGUAACCAUGCAUCUGUCCGAGGGGCCUGCUGAAGUUGCGCAGAUCCAGUCGACCUACGGCCAAACCCCUGUGAAUCAUGUGGCCAACCUUGGACUAUUCGACCAAAAACUGAUUGCAGCCCAUAUGGUGGUGCUGACAGAUGAGGAUAUUCAGCGGGUGGCGAGCGCGGGCGUCGGCACUGUUCACAAUCCAACUUCAAAUCUGAAAGUUGCUUCCGGCGUUUCUCCUGUCCCUGAUCUGCUGACCGCUGGUGUUGCCGUCGCGCUUGGGACCGAUGGCGCAGCUUCCAAUAACGACCUUGACCUGUGGGAAGAGGUUCGCCUCGCAGCGUUGCUGCACAAAGGCGAAACAGGCGAUCCAACGGCCAUACCCGCGCAAACAGCGCUUGCACUCGCGACGAGAAUCGGUGCCCGUGCCAUUCGCUGGGACGAUGAAAUUGGCACGUUGACGAUCGGCAAGCAGGCUGACCUGAUUCAGGUUGAAUACGGAGAAACCAAUCAGCUGCCCCUUUACGACAUCGUCUCUCAUCUGGUGUAUGUACUGGACAGCGACGAUGUCACGACAACAGUUGUCGCAGGGCAGGUAUUGAUGGAAGACAAGCAGAUUCUGACCAUCGAUGAAGCUGCGCUGCGCACAUCGGUUGCGGCGCCAACAACGCCAACAGCCACCACCAGCGGAUUAGUACAGGGGGUGGUAGAUGACGGUAUCCAGGCCUAUCGUGGUAUCCCAUAUGCAGCCCCUCCUGUGGGUGAUUUGCGCUGGCGAGCACCACAGCCCACGCCAGCAUGGUCCGAUGUCAUGCAGGCUGACGAAUAUGGGGCUGCCUGUUGGCAGGUCACCGAUGCUGGGGAUGCGCUAUUUCUUGGCAAGCUGACUGAAGGCGCUGGCAUGCCAGCCUGGUCUCGAUGGGUGCUGGAUAAGAGUUUGACCCUGUUUUCUAUGACUACAGCGGAAGACUGUCUGAGCCUGAACGUUUUUGCGCCAGAAGGGGCGCAAGAUCUCCCCGUGAUGUUCUGGAUUCAUGGCGGCGGUCAUCAAUUUGGCUCUGGUGGAGCCACCUACGAAUCAGCCGGCCUGGUGAACCAGGGUGUGGUCCUGGUAACGAUCAAUUAUCGCCUGGGCAUAUAUGGUUUUAUGGCACACCCUGAAUUGGCCGCGGAAGACCCGAAUGGUUCUUCGGGCAAUUACGGUAUGCUGGAUCAGAUUGCUGCUCUGCGGUGGGUUCAAAGCAACAUCGAAAGCUUUGGUGGAGACCCCGCCAACGUCACCAUUUUUGGUGAAUCCGCCGGUGGCCAUUCAGUCGGGCAAUUAAUGGCCUCACCUUUAAGCCUGGGCCUCUUCCACAAAGCCAUUGCCCAGAGUGGCACCGGUUUUUAUCAAUUCCAGGCCACGGAGAGUGCACCUGAAAACAUCAGUGGCUUCGAAGCAGGUCGUAAGGUUGCUGAACUCGCCGGCGUCAGUGGCGCCAACGAAAUAAGUGCGCUGCGCACAAUGAGCGUUGAUGAGCUCGAGUCGAUUGCGCUUGAUCCUGAGAUCAGCAGCACAUUUCAUCCCCAGGUCGAUGGUUAUGUACUGCCUGACCCAACAGCCCACACUUUCAAUCAGGCGGCACAACACCCGGUGCCCCUCAUGGUGGGUAGUAACGCUGAUGAAGGCUCGGUGCUGUAUUCUUUUGGCCUGACGCCAGUUGAUGGCUCUGGUUCAGAACCACCCACCACCAUUGCCCAAUGGGAGCAGUUGUUAACGUCGCAAUUCGGCGACAACGCUGAAUUUCUGGCGAGCGCAUAUCCCGUUGACGACAAUGCUGAUGUGGUUGGUGCGGCAACACAUUUAAUGGGCGACGCGUGGUUCGGAAGGCACGCUUUUUACAUGGCGCAAGCCCACAGUGCAGCCGGUCACCCGAGUUAUCUAUAUUUCUACGAACGCCACCCACCAUCCGCCGAACAAACCAUCGGUGCCUCUCACGCGUUGGAACUCAAUCACGUAUUUGGCGGCUUUAUUCCUUUCUGGCCCAGCGACCAUAGAGACAUUGCUUUGUCCGCAGAGAUGAUGGGCUAUUGGACUAAUUUUGCACGCAGUGGCAGUCCCAACGAUGACUAUCUUCCGAUAUGGCCGACGUUCAACGAUCUGGAACCUAAUGAGAUGGCUUUUGGCCAUCUGCAGACAAAUGCUCGCCCCGUCGCCAGGCAGGAUAGAUACCGCGCUAUGCAACCUCAACUGGAAAGACGGAUUGCUGCGGCUGUUACAAACUAA